AUGCUUACCCCGUUAUUUUCUCUAACCCAAACACCUGAUGAACUUAUCCUGAAACUUCACAUUCCUUUGGCUGAUUUGAGUAAUUCAGAAUUCCUCAUAGAGGAUGGCAUUGUGUAUUUUUGUGCUCCACCUUACUACCUUCGACUUGAACUUCCAGGAUCAGUUGUGGAAGAUGACGAUCACAUCCAGUUCCGGUUAGAAUCUGGGGACAUGUUCAUCACAAUGACAAAAUCAACACCCGGGGAACAUUUUGAAGACUUAGAUCUGCUUUCUAGAUUUGUAAUUAACCCUGCAUCCAAGUACACGGCUUCAAAAGCAGGAAUUCAGGUUUUGGAUUCAACCACAGUCCCGCCUGAAGGAAAGACUGAUUAUGAUUGGUUUUUAGAACUACCAGAAGAAAUAAACUCCAGUAACAAUACUGCUGAGGAUCACAUGAAUGUGGAAAUAGUCAAGUAUCCUUAUGGAUUUGCAGCUUCAAAGUCAGGGCUCUUCGUGGACAAACCAGAAACUUGUUUACCAAUCGACCUGCCGAACCCCGACUUUUGUCCUCCUCUGAAACGCCAUCAACUGCAGCUUCAGUCUGUUCGUGAUCACUUUCAAGCAGAGCAUUAUGUAGCUGACUACUAUGAGACAGAGGUGUCCGCAAACGCAUUGCGUCAGUCGAUUCCCUGGGUUGAAAAUAAGCAUGGAGGUCCUGAAUUUUCCGACGAGUAUCGCUAUCGCUUGACAGUCCUUUCUACACACACAUUGCCUCUCCUACCACCUUCACCUUCAGACAUCGAUUCUACAGAGGAAGUGAAGGUGGAAGACACCAGGACCUUUGUCUAUCUGGGACUUGUGGAUCUGUUACUAGCCUACACUUACGACUACCGUGUCAGAGAGGGUGAUGAGAACUGUGAAUCCGGUUGGGUUAUUGCCAAGAUUGCGGCCACUUUAUCCUGGCUUGAGGCAAAUACCAAGUAUUCUCUGUUUCCUAAUCUUCCAACUCUUCUACGCUCCUUCUAUGAACGUGCUCUUACCUACCCGCUGAUUCGUAACUGGAAACUCUGCCGAAAAAUUCAAGCCGACGUCGCCUCUCUGCUUCAACACGAAAAUGCAAAGGCGUGGAUUCUCUACAUCCUGUUGGAGAUUCGAAGAAUUCUCAUUGACUAUCCGGGAUACUAUAUCUUUGUUGACCUCUUUCUCGAUGAUUACAUCGUUUGGCUCCAAAAGUCUGCUAGUGCCUACAUCCUAAAGCACCUGGGUGAAGCAAUUGCUUCAGUCAAAAUGAAGAAGGCUGACGUAAAUUUGCCGCUGAGGAAGAUUGAGCAGAUAGCCGCUGAGGCUCUAGAAGAAGAAGAAGCCCUAGUGGAAAAUCUUGGAGGCAUUUCUCUGAAUUCACAGCAAUCAUAUUUGUCGCCACUUUUCUUUCCACAGAGUGACUUACCAAUCAAAAUAAACUCAAGCAAAUCGUCCACUUUGUUUUGUAUUGAUGAGCGCAAACCAGCUAUUCUCCAACGGCAAGCUUUACAUCCAACCACCCCCAGUUUCGAAUCGGUGGUCCAUAACAGUGUUCGGAGAUAUGAAAUCGUCUACGCAAAGCGCUCUACCAAGAAGGUACUCUCUUCGUUUCAGGUCCUCACGUCAAAAUUUGCUCAACCGAGGGCAAAGACUGUGCUAAGUGCUAUGGAACUUGGAAUGAUAUUACCUGUCGGUGGUUAUGAGUGUCAACUGAUAUCUCUUCUGAAUGAGUCGGAAGCUCCGGACAUAUCAGAGGCCGGUCACUUACCACAAAAACCACGUACACCUGUAAGAAACACUCUUAAGAAGAGAAGGAGUAACCCUAUUCAGCUCCAAAAACCUGACGAAAACUCUUUCAAACUACCGCCUCCUCCAAGCAGUCACAUAUGGAAGCACAAUUCCGAAGGACUUCAAAUUUCCGAGGUUUUUCUCAGUGGUUAUUUAGCCGCAAAACUUCAUCCAUAUCAAUUAGAGGGAAUAAAGUUCCUCUACGAAUGUGUGCUCGGUUAUCGGAGCAUCGAAAAUCAGCAGGAUGAAAUGGGUCUUGGGAAGACGGUUCAAGUGAUCGGUUUACUCUCUAUUCUACUGAAACAGGGUCCUUAUGGUGGGCAACCCGUGAUAAGGCGUUGCCUCAUUGUUACACCUGGUAGUCUUGUUGCAAACUGGCAGAAGGAAUUCAGCAAAUGGGUGGAACAUGGUAACAUUUCCACUUACUGUGUCAGUCAAGACAAUCCGCUGAAAGCGUACUUUUCACAGAUGAAACCCCCACCCGUAAUAAUCCUCUCCUAUGAAAUGCUCCUCCAACGUAUUGAUCGCAUCGCUGAAAUGACGUCCUUGGAUCUGGUUGUCUGUGAUGAGGGACAUCGACUGAAGAAUCUGGAAAUAAAAACUACAACAGCCCUGAAACGUUUGCCUGCUCGUCGUCGUAUCAUUCUCACUGGAACACCGAUUCAAAAUGACCUCAAUGAAUUCUGGUCCCUCGCUGAGUUUGUUGCCCCUGGCUGUCUAGCGUCUAGUCGAGAGGAGUACCGAACAUGCAUCGUGAAUCCCCUUUGCAAAUCUUUGCACUCCACAGAGCUGUUCAAAGCCAUCGCGUCAACUGACGCGCAGGUGCCUGCGGAGAUGGUGAUGGAAUCGGCGGAAAUUGUUGAAGCUGUGCAACGGUUAAAAACCGCACUGAGAACGUUCAUGUUGCGUAGGACUUCCGGUAUGAUUGCCAGAAGGCUUCCAGGUAAAGUUGAGCAAAUCGUAUUCUGUGAGGCAUCAUUACUUCAGCGUGAACUGGGGGCUGUGCUACUGAAUUGGAUUCGAAAUCAGUUGGAUUGCAAUGCGGAAGACGAGACGAACUUUAUCGAUAUGGUUGAGGAAGACUCUUUCGAACUUCCGAGCUUUGAAAGUGGUGUAGAUGUACUGGCUUGCAUUAUGGCCUUUCGAAAGCUCUACAAUCAUCCUUCUCUCCUCCUUCAAGCACUAAAUCAACACAGUAAGAAGAGGUAUGAAUUGUCACCUGCUAAGAAAGUGAUUCUUCCAUUCAUUGGACUCGUAGGUAUGAAUGAAGGACGUGUGCAAGCAGAAAUGCUUAUUGGAAGUGGCAGAGUGGAGCGACCAACUAGCAAAGACUUGGCUAAAGUGUUAGGCACGCAUACACGCACAUGCAUUCGCCAUUUGGUCUCACGAGAUGCGGAGGAGUGCUUAAUUCGGCAAUUUAUAGUUCGUUCCAACGAGUUUCUGGGUUGUCGAUCAGUCUUCUUUCUCAAUUAUUCUCAUUUACCGUGUCAUCUUUACAUCACAUUGAUUUGGUGUGUGUAUGCGUGUGAACCAUGA